GCAACUCUUUGGCUCCUUCCAUCGAUAUUAAUAUAUGCCGCUAUAUACAACUAGUGGACAGUGACUGGAUUUCAGCAGACACAUUCGAGGGCUUUGUGGGUUUAAUGUGCGAAGGCUCUAAUACCACUAAAUAUCCAUGUCAGUGCUCCUGGAUCUAUAGGAACCGCUCCACCCAUACCCUAAAUUGUAAGCAGAACAUAUCUACAAUGGACUUUUCAUGGUGGAGUGUUGAGAACAGAGAGCUGUGAAAUGGAUUUGGAGAUAGAAGACGUCAACAACAGAACCGUUACGAAAGAUGAAAACUCUACAUCUGAAACUAGAGACUCCAGCUUUCCUGAAUGGGAGGAUUAUAACAGCAGCGUUGACGACAUCAGAUACUUUCUUAUUGGUCUGUACACCUUUGUGAGUCUCCUUGGUUUCAUGGGAAAUUUACUCAUCCUGCUGGCUAUUUUCAAAAAACGUAAACAAAAGACUAUAAUAAACUACCUCAUUGGGAACUUGGCGUUUUCUGAUAUUUUGGUUGUUCUUUUCUGUUCACCUUUCACCCUUACAUGUGUCUUGCUGGACCAGUGGAUCUUUGGAGAAGUCAUGUGCCAUGUUGUGCCUUUCCUUCAAUGCGUAUCAGUUCUUAUUUCCACCUUGAUGCUCAUGUCCAUUGCUUUGGUCAGAUACCACAUGAUAAAGCAUCCUCUUUCUACAAAUUUAACUGCAAACCAUGGCUACUUUUUGAUAGCAACGGUGUGGACGCUUGGAUUCACUAUCUGCUCUCCUUUGCCGGUUUUUCACAAAAUAAUCAAUUUGAGAGAGGCAUUCAACUUGGACUCGCUGAUUAAUAGUUACUUGUGCAUAGAGUCAUGGCCAUCUGAUUCAUACAGAAUUGCUUUUACUAUUUCUUUAUUGCUUGUGCAAUACAUAUUGCCAUUGUCUUGUCUAACCAUAAGUCACACCAGUGUUUGUAGGAGCAUUGGUUCCAGGUUACCAAGCAGAGAUACUAAAGUCGAAGAAAACGAAAUGAUAAAUCUAACUCUUCAGCAGCCUAAAAAUCAUCGUUCCGAACUGGAAAUUUCGAGCAGCCGCAGGUGGAGUUACUCUUGUGUGCGCAAGCACCGAAGGCGAUACAGCAAAAAGUCUGCUAGUGUAGUCCCAGCAAUUCUGCGGCGGAAUCAAGAAAGUAACACCGGGGACAUUCCAGAAACAUCUAUGACAGAGAGGAGUCACACACUUCCUUCGAGUGUAUACUUGCCUGGAGUGCCCAUUUGCUUUGAAAUGAAGCCUGAAGAAAACUCUGAAAUGCAUAAUAUGAUUUCAGUCUCUAAAUCCAUAACGCGAAUAAGGAAAAGGUCAAGGCGAGUUUUCUGUCGGCUCACUAUUUUGAUCAUAGCUUUCGCUGUCAGUUGGAUGCCACUUCACCUCUUUCACCUUGUAACUGAUUUUAAUGCCAAUUUAAUUUCCAAUCGACACUUUAAAUUAGUGUACUGUAUCUGCCACUUGCUUGGCAUGGUCUCCUGUUGCCUAAACCCCAUACUGUAUGGAUUUUUAAAUGAUGGCAUAAAAGCUGAUUUGAUGUCUCUUAUAAAAUGUUUCCAAAUAUCAUAAUAUGUAUAUAUGCACACAUACACAUACAUAUAUAUUUUUUCACACAGACACUAUAAAUAAAAAAAUCACACAGUUUUCACUUGUAUAGUACCACAAAUAGUGGCUAAAUGUUCAGUGGGUUCAGUGUCUUCAGGUUUUGUAUAAAAAAAGUCAGUAUUUUAAAUGGUUGAUUAUAAAAUCAGCCUGACAGCUUGUAUACGAUCAAAUAAAUAUAUAUGUAUAUUAUAACUCCAUGCAUCAUAUGAUCUCUGUGAGGUUAAUAACUACUAUUCUUGUGUGUAAAGAAAUAAAUGGUUUUAAAAA